UUGUGUCGAACUCUUACUUCCGGCAAAUCACUUAGUCGCAAAGGUGAAAGUAACAGUUUUACUUAUUUAAUUUUUUCUCUUUGUUUAAAUUUUCUGACUGACACCGCAUGACAUGGAUCCUCUGGGAGUGCAGAACUCGGGAACUAACUUUAAACAACCAAAGCCCUAUCCUGGACGGGUUUUUAAGCAGUUGGCUAUUAUUAAACAGAGGCGCUAACCGGUUAGCUAGCAAUUUAAGACACUCGUUGCCUAGAAUCACCAACCCUGUGGCGGUUCGCUCUAUGUAGGCUACUUAAGUUUUAGAAUCUUUACUAAGUAAACGUCUCUCUGUAAAGAAGGAACAAGCAAUUCCAUGUUGUCGCAUUGGUUUAUUAUGGUAUUUUAAUGGGAGGCGGCUUCCUUUGGAGGACUGCACACCAGGGGCGCGAGUUGAGAAGAGAAAGGCGAACAUCGCUGUCUGUUGGGCUCCCAUGGAGUCUUUGGCCGGCUCCGUUUAUAAGGCAGCCAGCGAGGGUCGGGUCCUGACACUGGCCGCACUUCUACUCAACCACUCCGAGGUGGAGACUCGGUUCCUCCUGAGCUAUGUGACUCAUCUGGCCGGCCAAAGGUCCACUCCUCUUAUCAUUGCAGCACGGAACGGACACGACAAUGUGGUGCGUCUUCUCCUGGACCACUACAAAGUGGACACGGAACAGACCGGCACGGUCCGAUUCGACGGUUACAUCAUUGAUGGGGCCACAGCGUUGUGGUGUGCAGCUGGAGCCGGACACUUUGAGGUGGUUCACCUCCUGGUGAGCCAUGGCGCUAACGUCAACCACACAACCAUUACCAAUUCCACUCCCCUCCGGGCUGCCUGCUUCGAUGGCCGACUGGACAUCGUCCGCUACCUGGUGGAACACAACGCCGAUAUCAGCAUCACCAACAAGUUCAACAAUACCUGCUUGAUGAUCGCUGCCUACAGGGGCCAUGUGGACGUGGUCAAGUUCUUGUUGGAGCAGGGUGCCGAUGUCAAUGCUAAGGCUCACUGUGGGGCCACGGCCCUGCACUUCGCAGCAGAGGCAGGCCAUCUGGAAAUUGUGAAAGAGCUGAUGGACUCCCAAGCUGCCAUGGCAAUGAAUGGACAUGGCAUGACACCAUUAAAGGUAGCUGCAGAGAGCUGUAAAGCUGAUGUGGUGGAGCUGUUGAUGGCUCAUGAUGACUGUGACCCUCCCAGUCGCAUCGAAGCCUUGGAGCUGCUGGGGGCGUCUUUUGCCAAUGACCGGGAGAACUAUGACAUCCAGAAAACAUACCAGUACCUUCACAUGGCCAUGACAGAGCGCUAUCAUGACCCUGACAACAUCAUUGUGAAGGACUUGCUGCCACCCAUUGAAGCUUAUGGGGGGCGUAGUGAGUGUAGAACGCUCCAGCAGCUGGAAGCCAUCCGGGUGGACAGGGAUGCCUUGCAUAUGGAGGGGCUCAUGAUUCGGGAACGCAUCAUGGGCUCAGACAACAUUGACUUGUCACAUCCUAUCAUUUAUCGAGGAGCGGUCUGUGCAGACAACAUGGAGUUUGAGCAGUGCAUCAGACUGUGGCUUCAUGCCCUUCGACUCCGGCAAAAGGGGAACCGCAACACGCACAAAGAUUUGCUGCGCUUCGCCCAGGUAUUCUCCCAGAUGGUUCACCUGAAGGAGGCGGUGUUGGCCUCGGCGGUGGAGCAGGUCCUCAGCUGUAGUGUUCUGGAGAUUCAGCGCAGCAUGGCUCGAGUUGACACAGCGGCUGAAUCCGAGCUGCCGCAGGCCAUGGACAAUUAUGAAUCCAAUAUUUUUACUUUUCUUUAUUUGGCCUGCAUCUCCACUAAGACUAACUGCAGUGAUGAGGGGCAAGCCAAGAUUAACAAGCACAUUUACGACCUGAUCCAGUUGGAUCCAAGGACACGUGAAGGCUCCUCGCUGCUCCAUCUGGCCAUCAGCUCCAGCACACCUGUUGAUGAUUUUCACACCAAUGACGUCUGCAGCUUCCCUAAUGCCAAGGUGACCAAGCUGCUGCUGGACUGUGGUGCUCAGGUAAAUGCAGUGGAUCAUGAAGGAAACACUCCCCUCCAUGUUAUUGUCCAGUACAACCGACCAAUCAGUGACUUCCUCACUCUACAUGCCAUUAUCAUCAACUUGGUCGAGGCUGGGGCCCACACAGAUAUGACCAAUAAGCAGAAGAAGACUCCGCUGGACAAAAGUACCACAGGUGUGUCUGAGAUUCUGCUGAAGACCCAGAUGAAAAUGAGCCUGAAGUGCCUGGCAGCGCGCGCUGUGCGACAGCACCAGAUCACUUAUCGCAACCAGAUUCCCAAAACUCUGGAAGAGUUUGUGGAGUUCCACUGAACUCAGAUCAGAAAACUCAAUAGGGUUAGAGCCACAUCUGUUGUUUCUUUCAAACAAUUGGUUCAUAAGGUGCUGAAAGUAGUUCACCAGUAAAAAUUUUUUAAGCAUUUGUAUGUUGAUAAAAACUAUUUUUUAUAAAUGCUUUUGCAGACUAACACCUGCAUAAACAGGCUGACCUGGUUGAUGUGCGUAGAAUUGCUUCUACGGCUCAUUGUUUUGCAAUAAAACAGAGAAAUCCCCUUUAAGUUCUGCAAAGAUUUUCUGAUGGUUUAAUGAAUGUGUAUUUUUCAAAUACAGAGAAGACAGCGGUAGUCUGUCGUAUCCUUUCAUCCUUUGUGUUAUGUCAUAUAUACCAUGUUACUGUGAAAAGGUUGUCAGACCUUUUCACAGGUCUGACAACCUGUGAAAAGUGCCUGUGAAGAAAUGCACAGCCAGCCUAGCUUGGAUUCCCUGUAUUCAUCUCAUGAAUUGUAUUUUUAGAAUUAAAACCAUUUUAUUGGACUUAUUUAAAGAACUUUCUUAAACUGCUCAGAAAAAAGAAGCGUGGACAGAAUUAGGUCGUUUGGUCAGACUAUUGGUCAUGUUCAAGAAAACAUGUUUUUUUCCCUAUUUGUUCGACUUUAGAUAUUUCAUUUAAAUGUCAUUUGAAACAAAGUUUUUGGUUUUCUAUUUCUCUGACUCAUCAAUGCAUUGAUCAGAAUUACCAGCAACAGAUUUCUAGUGGUCAUUCUGUGGGGUGGCAUGAGCCAGGGGUCAGGUUAUGACCCAGAGGGUGUUUUGUAUUCUGCUCCAUGAGUGGAUGUGUGUAACCUCUGUAAAUCCAUCCACACACACCAUGCAGCUGCUGGAUGUGCCCUGGUUAUGCAUUUAUGAGGCAUGUUGUCUCUGAAGACUUUCUCAAUGUUUUGACUGUGUUGAAAAUGUCGGACACUCCCAACCACUGGCUAAUAACACUAUUGGCAAUGGCCAAAUGCCCCCUGGUGGCCAUUUUAGAGUUAGCAGCUCCUUGCAAAUGAAAUCCUUAACUUGCUGCUCUGCAUGUUUGGCAAAUUAUGGCCAUUUUUUUUAUCUUGCUAACUUUUAUGUUUGUAAAUUAUUGCAUGAGGUUGAUGAUUGGUGCUGUAAUAUUUUUUCCCUUGGUAUUAUUGGUAAAUUAUCAAUAAAAACCAGUUUAAGUUGAUUAUGUUUUGAAUAUGGUCUAACUCUUGGUACUAGAUUUGUUCUGGUUCCUUUCAUAAUGAGAGUGUAUUUAUUAUAAUCUUUAUUAUGUAGCAAAAUGAACAUCAAAGUUUUCUAAAAGUUAUUGAUACACAGCAAAGAAGCAAUCAACCCCUGGUUUCUUCAAUAGCUCAGAACUAGAAUGUUGUCCUUGGUGGGACAACCUUUGGUUUAGGUCUAAUGGAAUAAUAUCUUUAGUGAUUAAAAAUAAAACAAAUAAGUAAUUCUUAUUGUAUUUUCUUCAACAGAGAUAAAAGUUAAUUCCAUGUGUACUGUAAGAUAGAAACAAGAACAUUUUCCUAGCUGCACUGUGAAUGAAUAGUAUUACUUGAAAGUGAUCAAAAGUCAAGAGUGAAUCAUGAUGAAGAAAUAAAUAUCUUCUUGGCAGCUAUAGAACUGUUAAGUCCUGUUUAAUACAGUCAAGCUUUUCUUCCCAGAUGGAUUACAUGUUGAGGAAUUCUUGUUGCUUUAAGCCUGGGAGCCCUGACAUAGAACAUCAAAAAAAGUUCAACUUUGUAAACGGUUUUAUAAGAGUACUUUGCAGAUUUUUUUCUAAGGUUUAAUGAAAAAUAUAUUCAAUUAUUUAUUAUUUUUGCACUUUCUACAAGUGUUGCACAAAAAUUCCACAUGUUCUACAUGUUGUAUUGAUCACUCAAACAAUUUGAAAAGACUUGACUCCUAUUUUGAAGUAAAAAGGAAGGGGAGAGUUAGGUUGGGAAGGGGUGCUUAUAUACACAUUUCUGAUCCAGUAGCAUUCCAAGACUCAACCGGAGGGAUCAAUUUUACGUUAGGGUAAAAAAACAAAAAAAAAAUCAACGUGUACUUCUUUUGUUGUUUGGAUGAACUCUCAUGCUAUUCCUGCUGUUGUCUGCCGUUUGGUGGUCAUUGUGAAUCGCCUUCAUUGGAGCUGAUGGGCCAAUAGAUUUUACUUUGUAGUCCAGUAUAAAGCUUGUGGUGGAAAACUGAAUCACAUUCUUAGUAAGCUGAUGGCAGUAUGCUGUUUGAGAUUAGGUAGAAAAUUUGGGACUUACUGUUUACUUCUCUAUAUGUCAGUACUGCUGGAACAUGUAAGUAGUCUGGCCAAAGCAUUUUGAAUAGCUUGGAGGUGUGAAGGGGAUGAUUUAUCCAAGCCAGUAAACAUGGCAUUGCAAUAAUCUAAACACAGUGACAGAUGUAUCGAUUAUUCAUUAUUAUAUUGCGACUAUGUGUUGUUACUGUUUUUAAAUGUUUUCCCUCUCUCUGUAUGCUGCUGGUUUUGGACAGGUCUCUCUUUGAAAAGAUGUCUUUUGAUCUCAAUGGGACAAACCUGGUUAAAGAAAGGUUAUUAUUGUUAUUAAAUCAGUAAACAGCAAAAAUCCAUAUAAGAAUCAAAUAUUGAACCAAAAUUUCAAAUGCUGGACUCAGGAGGUGGACAAAAACAAACAAGAACCAGACUGACUUUGUAAAUAAAGCAGGAGCUGCUAUAACGAGGGUCUCUGUCUUAUUGUUGUGUAAAACAAGGUUAGAAACCCAGAAUGAGAUGAGCAGUGAAAGAAGCCAGAGAAAUUGUUUUUUAUUUUUUUCUGGAAGUUUUGUUAAAAACAUUCUCAACUAUGAUUCUAGUAAUUCUAUCAUAUUUUAAAAGAAAAUUAUGCCUCAUCAACAUACAAUGCUGUUUGAUAAGACUGAUAUUUUAUUGACAAAUUAUUUUCCUGCAAAGUGAAACAACAAACAUCUGAAGUGAUUAGAUACUUGUUGGGGUGUGCACUAUCACACUGAGGACUAUCAUGGUUUUAAUGUUUUGUGUAUGUCUGCUAUACAAACUAAGAAUCUUCAGCGUAAAAGAGAAGAAAUAAACACACAACUUUGA